GCUAGCGGAAAUAAACCACAUUAAAAUUGUUUUGUGAGAUCUGACAACCGUCGACCAGUCGUUUGUUAAAGAUGGCGGAACACGAUCUUACGAGUAAACUUGGGAAUUAUUUAGACCAACAUUUGGUUUUCCCCUUGUUUGAAUUCUUGGCAGUUCAAGGCAUUUACAAGGAAAAUGAGCUACUCCGUGCAAAGUUGGAUUUGCUCAGCAAAACAAACAUGGUGGAUUUUGCCAUGGAUGUUCAUAAAAACUUGUAUCCAGACCAGGAAAUUCCACCAACACUGAAGGAUAAACGUACAGUAGUUGUUGAGCAGUUGAAAAAGAUGCAAGCAGAGACAGAACCAAUUUUGGCCAUGUUUAUGAAUCCAGAAGUUACACGGCAAAUUCAGUCCUCCAGAGAUUCAAGACAGUUGCUGGACUAUCUUACCAAAAACCAUGGCCUGAAGCCUGAAAUGCUUGACAAACUAUACCUGUUUGCCAAAUUUCAGUAUGAAUGUGGUAAUUAUAGUGGUGCUGCUGAAUAUCUCCACUUUCACCGCUUUUUAGUUACUCCAAAUGAUAAAAAUUAUUUGAAUGGAUUAUGGGGCAAGUUGGCCUCUGAAAUCCUCAUGCAAAACUGGGAUACAGCACUAGAAGACUUGAAUCGGCUAAAAGAAUAUAUUGAUAGUAAUACGUUCAAUACCCCACUUCAAGCUUUGCAGCAAAGGACUUGGCUGAUUCAUUGGUCAUUGUUCAUUUUCUUCAAUCACGCCAAAGGACGAGAUCUGAUUGUAGAAAUGUUACUAUACCAAAACCAGUAUCUUAAUGCUAUUGAAACCAUGUGUCCUCACAUUCUUCGGUACUUGACCACAGCCGUCAUUAUCAACAAACAAAACCGUCGCACAAUGUUGAAGGAUUUGGUAAAAGUGAUCCAGCAAGAAUCGUAUGCCUAUCGUGACCCGAUUACGGAAUUUAUCGAACAUUUGUACGUGAACUUCGAUUUUGACGCCGCGCAACAAAAAUUGCGUCAAUGCAAGGAUGUCUUGUUAAACGACUUUUUUUUGGUUGCUGUAUUGGAUGACUUUAUCGAAAAUGCCCGACUGAUGAUUUUUGAAACGUUUUGUCGUAUCCACCAGUGCAUCAGUAUCAAGAUGUUGGCAGAUAAAUUGAACAUGACUGCCGAAGAUGCAGAGCGCUGGAUAGUUAACUUGAUUAGGAAUGCCCGACUUGAUGCAAAAAUAGACUCCCAACAAGGACACGUUGUAAUGGCCACCCAAACCGUAUCGCCGUACCAGCAACUUAUUGAGAAGACCAAAAUGCUCUCCGUACGUUCCCAGAAAUUGGCGGCUGACAUUGAGAAAAAACUCAACGUCCGAAAUGCAGAUGCUUCACAAUGGGGGAACAAUGACUUCUAAGGAAUCUAAUUCGAUGGCACGUCGAAGCCAUUACGUUUUCGGAGCUCCGUGCUCAUUGUGUUUGAAGGAUGGGUUCAAUAAAGGUUUUCGUCCCAAA